UUGAUCUUACAGGUCCCAGCCUGAAGACAUCUUUAACUCCAACUCUCUGAAUAAUUUUAUUCGUUCUAAGUAAUAUAGGGUGGAUGAGAUGUUUGCUGCUGCUUUCUUCAUCUUGUCUUUGAUGACUUGUCAGCCUGAGGUAACCAUUCAGGAGAAGGUGAACUGGAGAGUAAGUCGGGCUGUUCAGAGCUCGAGCUCCACAGCAGUUAGCUGCCAGCUCAGCAACUGGUCAGAAUGGACAGACUGCUUUCCAUGCCAGGACAAAAAGUACCGAUACCGGAGCCUCCUACAGCCAAACAAGUUUGGGGGAACCAUGUGCAGUGGCGAUGUCUGGGAUCAAGCCAGCUGUCACAGUCCCACAGCUUGUCUAAGGCAAGCACAGUGUGGACAGGAUUUCCAGUGUAAGGAGACAGAUCGCUGCCUGAAACGCCACCUUGUGUGUAACGGAGACAAGGAUUGUCUUGAUGGCUCUGACGAGGAUGACUGUGAAGAUGUCAGGGUCCCUGAAGAUGACUGCAGCCAAUAUGACCCCAUUCCAGGGUCAGAGAAUGCAGCCUUGGGGUACAAUAUCCUGACCCAGGAAGAAACUCAGAGUGUGUACGAUGCCAGGUAUUAUGGGGGCCAAUGUGAGACAGUAUACAAUGGGGAAUGGAGGGAGCUUCGCUAUGACCCCACCUGUGAGCAUCUCUACUACGGAGAGGAUGAGAAGUACUUCCGGAAACCCUACAACUUCCUCAAGUACCACUUUGAGGCCCUGGCAGAUACUAGACUCUCCUCAGAGUUGUACGAUGAUGUACGUGACCUUCUUUCUAAAGUAAAAAAUGACAAGUCUGUGUCGGCCGGAGUAACUGUUGGUGUGGGCCCUAUAAGAAGCCCUGUAACACUGGAUGUGGGUGUAUCCGGGUCACGAGACUCUUCGUUCUUGAAUGAGUUAAACAAGUAUAAUAAGAAGAAAUAUAAUUUCCUGAGAAUUUUCACAAAGGUGCAGACUGCUCAUUUUAAGAUGAGGAGGGACAAUAUUGUGCUGGAUGAAGGCAUGCUGCAAACAUUAAUGGAGCUCCCAGAGCAGUACAAUUACGGCAUGUAUGCCAAGUUCAUCAAUAACUAUGGCACUCAUUACAUAACGUCUGGAUCAAUGGGUGGCGUUUAUGAAUAUAUCCUGGUGCUUGACAGAGAAAAAAUGGAAUCACUUGGUAUUACCAGCAGAGAUAUCAAGUCAUGCUUUGGAGGUUUUGUGGGCAUUGGAUAUGACUCUUCAGACAGGAUACAAAUUGGAGGGAAGUUAUCAGGGGAACGUUGUAAAAGAUUUGGAGGUGGCGACACUAAAAGCGACAUGCAGGCCAUGGCUGUGGAAGACCUCAUUUCUCGGGUUCGAGGUGGCAGUUCGGGCUGGGGCGGCGGCUUGACUCAAAACGGGAGCACCAUUACAUAUCGCUUCUGGGGGAGGUCAUUAAAGUAUAAUCCUGUUGUUAUUGAUUUUGAGAUGCAGCCCAUCCAUGAGGUGUUGAGGCAUACGACCCUGGGGCCCCUGGAGACCAAACGCCAGAACCUGCACCGGGCCUUGGACCAGUACCUGAUGGAAUUCAACGCCUGCCGCUGUGGGCCCUGCUUCAACAAUGGGGAGCCCAUCCUCGAGGGCACCAGCUGCAGGUGUCAGUGCCCCCUGGGUCGCAAGGGCCUUGCCUGUGAGCAAAUGGAGCAAGAUGGAGCCAAGGCAGAUGGUCGCUGGAGCUGCUGGAGCUCCUGGUCUGCUUGCAGAGCAGGCACCCAGGAAAGGAGGAGAGAGUGCAAUAACCCUGCACCCCAGAACGGAGGCGCCUCAUGUCCAGGGUCUAAAGUGCAGACCCGGGCUUGCUGACAGCCUCUGGGCACCGAUGCCGUGGAUGUCACCCCCUGCACCGACCACUGGCUAAAGACUUCUCUCAGCUGAGGGAAAAUGCAAAUCGACAUGGACUUCUUCUCUGUCCUGCCAACUCCUGGGCCCAGGACCGGCCUGCGCCAUCUACAGCGAACUAACUGUCCUAUUAUUCUAGACGUUCAACAACUGGGUGCAGGGUGUUAACUAGGGGCUUGGUCCUGCUUACAGCAUCUCAGAUCAUCCAAAAAACCAAAAAACCAAGAGAGAAAUCUCAAUCCAUGCCUUAGAGGGAUUUAUAGGAUGUUAGAGGUAUGAGGCAAGCAGAUGCUGUUGAAACAGUCAAUGGCCAAUAAAACAAAGCAUGAUGAGAAUUA